ACUCUUUGAUUAUCUCUUAUCUCUAUACAUUGACCAGUUUAAAAAGAUGAUGACUGAUAAUAUACAGCUUACAAUUAUCUAUUGUCCAUUGAAAAAGUUUGAAGAUUUCUUUGAGAAUAAACAUUCACAGAUUGAUCUCAAAAGUAGAAGAUUAUAUUUUUCAAGAAAAUUUGACUUGUUAUUUAUUCUAUGCAUAAUAGUCUCCUUUCUAUUAUGCAUAAUACAUAUUGUAUAUGUAAUAUUCAAUGAGCCAAUUGUACCAAAACUAUCAAAUUUAAUUAUAUCUCAUUGUGCAGUCUAUUCAGGUGAAUGGAAUCAUGAGAAGACAGUUUUACGUUAUUGGUCUAUUCCAUAUGCUAUACCACCAAUUAUUGAAAAGGAACAAAUAUAUCAAGAUGUAUUAAAUGAUAUUGUUGAAAAAUAUCAUUUACAAUAUAAAAGCUUACGAUGGCAUAAAACUUUUUCUAAAGACGAUAAUGAAUAUUGUUUUCUUACAUAUGAUGAUAGAUGUAAAUUUGAAAAUGCUACAUGGUUUUGUAAUAUGCAUAAACCUAAUAAAAUAUAUGGUUGUUUAGAAGUUGAUUAUAAGAGAAAAAUAAGAAAAGGUACUUCAGAGAAUUGUUUAUACUUAGAUAUAUCUAUAAUACCAUUUCAUGAUAGAUUAUUACCUGUAAUUAUUGUUUUAACCGGUUUCAAAUUUAUACGUAAUCCAUUCAAUCGAAAUAAUGAAGAAGAAGAAGUUGCUUAUUUACCUAGUGAUCAAGUGAUAAUUGAUUCAAAUGCUGUUUGGGUGAAUCCACGAUAUAGACUUGGUCCAUUUGGAGUAUUUUAUGAUUUUAAUAAACUUGGAAGAGAUAAUCAACAGUCUGAAAUCACUUACUUCCUAUUACAUGAUAUAUUAGCUGUACUCAAUUGGGUUCAAGAGAAUAUUGACAGAUAUGGUGGUGAUAAACAUCGUGUUACUUUAUUGUGUCAUGGAUCUGGUGCAACUAUUGCUAUGGCAUUGAUUCAACUACAAUCAUCUUCAAAAAUAAAUCAGACUAAUAGUUUAUUUCAAGGUAUUUGGUUGGCAAGUGGAUCAGUUAACUGGUAUUCUGGUUAUUUUGAUGAUAUUACUAUAGUCCACUUACCUAAACUUGUUCUAAGUCAACUUUUAAAAUUAUGUCCUGAAUAUUCUAAGAUGUUAGAUGAGUACAGUCGUUUAGUAGAAUGUCGUACAAAGUUGAACAGAUUGAAAACUGAAGAGAUUAUAAAUCUUCUUCAAGAAUUCUAUGAUGACAAGUCAAUACUUCGUGAUCCAUUUCAAUUAGAUAAUACUAAGAGGCGUGUUUGGUUUACACCAUCACAAAUGAAAAGAGAAAAUGAACCAAUCAACUGGAAUGAAACAGUUCUACAAAAAGUAUUUAGACAAGAUGAUGUAACUAACCGAAAUUCUUGGCUUAAAUCCGUUGUCUUCUCAUCAAUGGAAAAUGAAUUCAGUGGAUUUGUUGACAGUGAUAAUGUAUAUACUAGUUUAGAUGAAUCAACUAAAUCUACCAUCAGUAUAGAAAAGAAUUUAUUUACACUUGGUAUAAGUAAAGAUAUUCUAUUAAAUUUAACACAUAGAAUUCAUCAAAAACAUAGUGAUAUUUUAUUAAAUUUAAUAUCUGCAUUAAAAUAUACAUGUCCACAUGGUUGGCUUAUAAAUUAUUGGAGAAAUUAUACAAUGAAAUAUUUAUAUUCAACUAAAUUCUAUCAUAUAUACAAUACUGAACCAUCUAGUGAACCUUUAAUAAAAGUACCGGGGUUAUUAAAUUCAACACCUAGAAAUACUCCAUUUCAUGGUUUAGAUAUGCUUAUUUUAACAGGUACUAGAAGUGAAGAGAAUAUUGUUUCAAAGGAUUAUGAAAAUAAACUAAAAAGUGUAUUCUACAAUUUUGUACAUCAUAGUACAGUUGAUAGUGAUUGUGAAAUAAACAAUACAUAUGAUGGGAUAAGAGAUGAAUAUUCCGUGAAAUUUUUGUCGCUAUUGUUAUCCUUGCAAGAUGGGAGAAUUGUCAGCUGGGCAUGCAGGAAUCUAAGAGAAGAAUUCCACUCUUUUGGAAAUGCAUACACACCAUCAAUCUCCCAUUCACACACACACACACAACUGAUAUGGGGAUACAGGGACUCAUGCACACCCUUCUCAUUGACAUUUCUCACUUCGUGGUUGUUUAAUCACUUUUUUAAAUAUCUCUCCUUCUCCUCCUCCUCCUCCAACAACAACAACCAAACAAAUAUUCAUUUAAAACAUAGAGUGAAGUUAAUCUUCCUCCUCAGUUUAUUUUAAAACACAAGUUAUCUAUCUGUCUACCUCGAAGGCAUAGGCAUACAAAGUAAACAAGAAUCAGUCCACUGAAACCUCGUGGAAACCUUUUCCACUAUGAGACAGACUGUGAGUUUCUCUGUGUGUCUAUAUGUUUGCGUAGGUUGGUAUGUCGUUGGUCAUUAUUUUCUCAAAUGAAAAACACCUGUGUUAAUUCUCAUAAUAUCAAAAACUAAACAAUAACGUUUUCU